UGUUGUUUCUUGGCACAGCAUGCUGAGCAGUGGCGAAAUCCUGUUGCGUUGCAUAUCGCUGAUUUUUUUGAUUUUCGUGAAAAACCUCAAGAGGAUGCAAAAACGCGCGUCGUGCAGUCAGGGCGGGAAUUAGUGUUCCUCACUGGAAAAUGACUAAGUUUUGCAGGUUCAGUUGUUGAAAAUGUCGCAACCGGGCGGCAAAAAGGGCGCGGGAAAAGCCCCCCCCAAAGGCGAGAAAAAUGAGGAAAGCAAUGGAACCGCCAAAGCAGGUGCCACCAAAGAGGCCAAAGACAAGGAGGAAACUUCUAGUAAUCCUGAUGGCGACGAAACGCCGAGCUCGAAGCCUCAAUCGGCCGGAGCAAAUGUGCGAGAUGCGGCUCAGCGCAUUUUAACUCUUUGCCAAAAGGCAGAAUGGGCCCCUAUCGACCAAAUUCUAAAGUCGAUGGAAAAAGCCAUCAGCAAUGCGGGAGAAGACGCUCACACCACUCCUUUGGCAGGAAUUGCCGAUUUGCCCACAGGCAUGACGCCCUUGAUGUACGCAGUAAAAGACAACAGAACGUCUCUAUUAGAUCGGAUGAUUGAUCUUGGAUCCGAUGUUGGCGCCAGAAAUAAUGAUAACUACAAUGUGUUGCACAUUUCUGCGAUGCACUCGCGCGAAGAUGUUGUCAAGCUCCUGCUGGGGAAAAAGGGCGUUGAUCCCUACUCCACUGGAGGGAGUCGCAAUCAAACGGCGGUUCAUUUGGUGGCAUCCAGACAAACGGGCACAGCUACAGCCAUUUUGCGGGCACUCCUGCAGGCUGCAGGAAAAGACAUCAGGUUGAAAGUGGAUGGGAGAGGAAAAGUGCCUCUUCUGCUGGCAGUAGAAGCUGGCAACCAGUCAAUGUGCCGAGAGCUUCUGAGCACUCUCACCUCAGAACAACUGAAGGCUGCGGCCGCCAAUGGAGACACAGCUUUGCAUUUGGCCGUGAGGCGAAAGGACAUCGACAUGGUGAGAAUCCUGGUGGAUUAUGGCACGAACGUAGACAUUCGCAAUGGUGAGGGGCAGGCACCUUUGCAUAUCGCGGCCGCAGAAGGAGAUGAGAUUUUAGUAAAGUAUUUUUACGGGGUGAGAGCAUCGGCCAGCAUUACGGACAAUCAGGACCGGACGCCGAUGCAUUUGGCCGCGGAAAAUGGACACGCGAAUAUUAUUGAGCUACUGGCAGACAAGUUUAAGGCGAGUAUAUUCGAAAGAACCAAAGACGGAUCCACCUUGAUGCACAUCGCUUCGUUGAAUGGACACGCUGAUUGCGCCAUGAUGCUCUUCAAGAAGGGAGUUUACCUCCACAUGCCCAACAAGGACGGAGCCCGAAGUAUACACACAGCUGCCCGCUAUGGCCACGUUGGGAUCAUCAACACCUUAUUGCAGAAGGGCGAAAAAGUGGAUGUUACAACCAACGAUAAUUACACGGCGUUACACAUUGCUGUGGAAUCCUGCAAGCCGCUGGUGGUGGAAACAUUGCUGGGAUAUGGGGCCGAUGUCCAUGUGAGAGGUGGAAAACUGAAGGAAACAGCGCUGCACAUCGCUGCCCGAGUUAAGGACGGGGAAAAGUGCGCCCUGAUGUUGCUGAAAUCGGGCGCUGGCCCCAACAUAGCUACACAUGACGGGAACACUCCCGUUCAUGUAGCUGCCAAAUACGGCAACUUGCAAACUAUGCUGCUACUUUUGGAGGAUGGCGGCGAUCCCCAGUAUAAAAACAAGAUGAGGAUGGCCAGAAGCCCAUUCACGCCGCCUGCCAAAACAACUACUCUGAGGUGGCGAAACUCUUCCUGCAGCAACACCCCAGCUUGGUGAUGGCCACCACCAAAGACGGGAACACUUGCGCGCAUAUUGCGGCCGCGCAGGGCAGUGUGACGGUGGUGGAGGAGUUGAUGAAGUUCGAUAGACAGGGAGUGAUUUCCGCGAGGAAUAAAGUAACUGAUGCCACUCCCCUGCAAAUGGCUGCUGAGGGCGGGCACUCGGAAGUAGUCAAGGCCCUGGUGAGGGCGGGGGCUUCAGUAACAGAUGAGAACAAAGGCGGGUUCACAGCGGUGCAUCUGGCGGCCCAAUACGGCCAUCUGCAGGUGCUGGAGGUGCUUCGCUCCUCCAACAAUCUGCGAGUGACGAGCAAAAAGUUGGGAGUCACUCCGCUGCAUGUGGCGGCCUACUUCGGGCAAGCUGACACAGUGAGGGAGCUGCUGACGCACGUUCCAGGAACCGUCAAAUCGGACUCCCCCAAUGGGGCCUCUUUGGUGCCCGCGCUAGGGAAUGAGUCAGGCAUGACUCCUCUCCAUCUGGCGUCGUUUUCUGGCAAGGAGAACGUCGUCAGGCUCCUGCUCAAUUCGGCGGGAGUGCAAGUGGAUGCCACCACUCACGAGAAUGGCUACAACCCGAUGCACUUGGCGUGCUAUGGGGGCCAUGUGACUGUUGUAGGCUUGCUGUUGAGCAGAUCAGCAGAGCUGCUGGAGAGCAAAGACCGACAUGGGAAAACUGGCCUGCACAUCGCUGCCACUCAUGGACAUUACCAGAUGGUGGAAGUCCUGCUAGGGCAAGGCGCGGAAAUCAACGCUCCAGACAAGAACGGCUGGACUCCAUUGCAUUGCGCCUCCAGAGCUGGUUACGUCGAAGUGGUGAAGCUCCUAACGGAAAGUGGGGCUUCCCCAAAGUCCGAAACGAACUUGGGGGCGGUCCCCAUCUGGUUUGCGGCUUCUGAAGGGCAUCACGCCGUUUUGGAGUACUUGAUGAGCAAAGAGCACGACACCUACGCCCUGAUGGAGGAUAGAAGGUUCGUGUACAACCUGAUGGUGUGCUCCAAGAACCACAACAAUCGCCCCAUAGAGGAGUUCAUCCUGGUGUCUCCAGCUCCUGUGGACACUGCAGCCAAACUCUCUAAUAUCCUGAUUUUGCUCUCCAAUAAGGAGAAGGAGAGAGCCAAGGAUCUGAUAGCCAGUGGGAAGUUUUGCGAAGCCAUGGCUACGGAGCUGCUAGCUCUAGCUGCUGGGGCCGAUUCAGCGGGGAAGAUUUUGACUGCUACUGAUAGAAGGAAUGUGGAGUUCCUGGAUGUUCUCAUCGAGAAUGAGCAAAAGGAGGUGAUUGCCCACACAGUGGUUCAACGCUAUUUGCAGGAGCUGUGGCGCGGGGCGCUCAACUGGGCAGCUUGGAGGACGCUCCUCUUGUUCGUCUUCUUCAUAAUCUGCCCCCCAGUGUGGAUAGCCUUCACCUUGCCCUUAGGGCACAAGUACCAUAAAGUGCCCAUAAUCAAAUUCAUGUCAUACCUCACCUCGCACAUCUACCUGAUGCUGUUUCUGCUCGUUGUGGGCAUCACCCCUCCAUAUCCCACCAUCAACAGAGGGAGCAUGAUUCCCUACUGGUAUGAAUGGAUCUUGCUGGUGUGGCUCAGUGGGCUUCUGCUGUUCGAGCUGACCAAUCCCAGCGACAAGAGCGGGCUUGGAUGGAUCAAGGUGUCCGUGCUACUUUUCAGCAUUUUCGGCGUGGGCACCCAUUUGAUGGGCCUGCUGUUUGUGGACGUGCUCUACUGGCCCACCCUGAUGUAUUGCAGGAAUCAACUGUUUGCCCUCAGCUUCCUUUUGGCCUGUGUGCAGAUUCUGGACUUUUUGUCUUUCCAUCACUUGUUUGGACCGUGGGCCAUCAUUAUUGGCAAUUUGAUGAAAGACCUUGCUAGAUUCUUGGCAGUUUUGGCGAUCUUUGUCUUUGGAUUUUCAAUGCAGUUUGUGGCGUUGAAUCAACCGUUCGCCGAUGGCGAUUCCAAGAAGCGGCGAGAAACUGGGAUUUUUAAAGAUGUGAUCAUGAAUCCGCUUUUGGCCUUCGAGCUACUGUUUUUCGCCGUUUUCGGCCAGACCACCUACGAUGAGCUGACCAUCAAGCCGAAUUUCCAGCCAUACUGGACCGAAGUUCUGUUCAAAAUCGUCUUUGGCGUGUACAUGCUGGUUUCGGUGGUCGUUCUGAUCAACCUGCUCAUCGCUAUGAUGACCGACACGUACCAGCGCAUUCAGGCUCAAUCCGAUAUAGAAUGGAAAUUCGGCCUGAGCAAGCUGAUCAGAAACAUGCACAGAACAACAACUGCGCCAUCGCCCAUCAACCUAAUCACCACCUGGCUCUUCUACUUGGUGGACAUUUGCAAAAAGCGAGUGAAAACGAAGAAACGACAAAGUCUGGUGCAUCUGAUGGGCAGCUUCCAGAAAACCAGCCAACUGAGUCCAAGAUCAAAAGCAGGUGCCAAAUGGCUGUCGAAGGUGAAGAAGGGCCGGCAAAUCGCCCCCAAAGAGAUCCCGGGCCUUGCAGUGGGCCAGAUGAGUCCUCUGGGGUCUCAGCUGAGUUUCUCUGCCGCUACCACUAGAAUCGAGCAUGUGACCGACUGGGAAGCAAUAGCGAAGAAAUAUCGAGCCUUGAUGGGCCAAGAGGACGAAGUCAAGGAGGUGCCUAAUGAAGAAAACGACGAUGAAGACGACGACGCCCCCCCUAAUCAACCUGCCACCAUGGCAGCGAGUUCUUCAAUGGGUUAAUUCGAUUUUUGAUUGACUGAAUCUUGAUUGAGUGCCUUGCUAAAGCUGAAAACUGAGCUUGGGUAUUAACGCGACCAAUUCCUGUCCAUUUGCUUUUAUAAAAUAUAUUGUAUGUCUUUGUC